AUGCCGACUCUCGGCCUACUUGACCGUCCUGACGGCGCCCAAACGGCGGUGAGGCGGAAGCACUAUGACGGCAUGCUCUUGGUUAACUACACUACUUUUCACAACAACCACCCCUCGUUGAGUGUAGUGCACCUACUGCGUCACUUGUGUAAAGCGGAGCCGACCAAUGUGGGGUUCCCCGUUAACAAGCGCCACAGGCAUCCCAUUCCUGCCGAUUUGAGGGGCAAGCCGCUGAGCCGAAGCCACCAAAAACCGCUCGACAUGACAAUGCAAAGGCAGCGCGACGUGAGGACGACGCAGCGAGUGCCCAAGGACAUUGGUACUCCGUGGUCAAUCAACUUCCUCCGUAAAUAUCAACCCAAUCUCGGCCGGUGGUUAACGUUCCUGCAGCGUUUUCAAACGGACCACUGUGCAGACCGCCGCCAGCGGAGUUCCAAUGGAGUCCCAGAAGUGAAUGCCCUCGGGGCGGCCGGACCCAAGAACUUUAUGGAGCAACGGACGCGAGGUGGGUGCCGCGCGGAAUUUGGGCGCUCCCUGGCGCUAACGACGCCGCACUGGGGUAGCUAUACACUAACUCGGCUGCCCGACGUGCUGGCGCUGGGGACGCCGGCCAACCGAGACAUAGUCCCGCCGCCAUGGCUCGCGAUCAGCACGGUUCAGCUUCUGAGCUCAACCUCAACACCGGGCGACCAUGUGCCUCCGCCUGCAGGCGGAUUCGCCACAGCCAUCUGA